AUGGAGGUUUAUGUUGACGAUAUGCUCGUUAAGAGCAUUAAGGCAUCCGAUUGCUUAUCAGAUCUCGGAGAAACCUUCGACAUCCUUCGAGAAUACCAGAUGAAGCUGAAUCCCGCGAAGUGCGCCUUCGGAGUUGGCUCCGGUAAAUUCCUCGGGUUUCAAGUCAGUCAAAAGGGCAUUGAAGCGAACCCCGACAAGAUCAAGGCACUCCUCGACAUGAGCUCACCUCGAACUAUCAAGGAGAUACAAUGCCUCACCGAACGAGUAGUAGCGCUCGGAUGGUUCAUAUCUAGAGCCAUUAACAAAUGCCUCCCCUUCCUUCAGCAGUUAAAGGGUCGUAAGAAGGCUGAGUGGAUAUUGGAAUGCGAGCAAGCCUUUCAACAAUUGAAACAGUAUUUAGAGUUCACCACCCCAGAUAAAGAAGGAAUCAGUGCUGAAGCGGAGACAGCUCCUCCGCCUGUUCCUCCAAGUAAUCAAGGGACAGUAUCAAAGCCAGUUUGGACUCGUUAUGUGGAUGGCUCGUCCAAUGCCAAGGGUGCCGGAGCAGAAAUUGUCCUGGUUGCUCCCGAUUCUACACCCAUCCAUUAUGCGAUCAGAUUUGAUUUUAAGGCCUCUAACAAUGAAGCAAAAUAUGAGGCUCUGCUGGCUGGACUCAGGCUGGUGGCCAGUCUGGGGGUCCAGUCUCUUCAGGUACGAUGUGAUUCUCAACUGGUAGUGAAUCAUAUCUCCACCGAAUACGAGGCCAAGGAAACUAGGAUGGUGGCUUAUCUAGCCGAAGUAAGGAAACCGAUAGAAAGAUUCUGGAGUUGCACUAUCAGUCAGAUCCCCAGGGCAGAGAAUUCGUGGGCCGACGCCCUAGCGAAGCUAGCCUCAUGCAAGGAAGGGAAGAUCCCACGAGUCAUUCUUGUGGAAUUCAUAAAUAGUCCCAACAUUGACCAAAUGGAGAAGAAAAUGGUCAAUCCAGUAGAAGAUGCUCCGAGCUGGAUGGACCCAAUUUAUAACUACCUCACAUCUGGUGAGGUCCCCUUGGACAGAUUGGAGGCUAGGCGCUUGAGAGUCAGAGCAGCACGGACUACGGUUCAGUCUUCCACUGGGGAAACCCCAUUCUCACUCUCCUACGAUUCGGAGGCGAUGGUGCCAGUGGAAAUUGGCCACCCUAUAGCUCGGGUCAGGAACUAUCAGAAAGAUCAAAACACCGAGCAGAUUGCAGCUAAUCUAAACCUACUUGAGGAAGCCAAAGAUAUCUCUAAAUUUCGAGUUGCGGCUCGAUACCAGCAGGUGGCACGAUUUUUCAAUUCUAAGGUCAAGACUAGACGGUUCCUUCCAUGGGACUUAGUCCUUCGCCGAGUCUUCCAGAACAAUGCAAAGCCGGAGGCUAGGGCACUCAGACCCAAUUGGGAGGGGCCAUACCGUGUGGUCCGAUCGACCAAACCUAGCUCCCACCACUUAGAGGACCUCAAGGGCCGCCAGCUCCUCCACCCUUAG